AUGUUUCGUCUAUUACUCGUUGCGCUACUUACUUCUACGGCACACAGUUGGUUUAAUCAACCAUGGUCAAAUGGAAAUCGUCCUGAUUCGCCAUGGUUUGAUAGUAUUAAUCCGCUUGAUCGUAAUGCUACAUCAUCAUCGUUCGGCGAUUAUUUUCAAAAUAUGUUUGUUCAAAUGCAAAAACAAUUUGAUAGCAUGUUUCAACAACCGACACAACUGAAUGGUGAUUCACAAGAUGACGUUGGAGAUUUAGGUCAAAUUGAACCGAAAUGUAACACAACAACAUCCGGUCAAAAUCAACGUUAUCGAACAACGACAUGUGUUAAAGAAGUCACGAAAAAUACUGAAAAACUUCUGUAUAAAGAAGUGAAUACAACUGAUACACAAAGUGGAAAAAUUAUUGGACAUAGUGUUAGUUACAGUAAAUAUCAAACACUUGAUAAUAACAACGGAACAAUGACAAUAACGCCAGCUGCAGACAAAGUUAUUACUUAUUGA